GUUUUUCACCAUAAUGCUGGGCGUUUUUGACUUCCUAAUCCUUUCAUUCUCGUUAGCCCUUACCCUAACGGUUAUCGUACCCUUUACUGGUGUACUGGUGAGGUUUCGGGCGAAUUACAACCCAAAGAGUCUUCAUUUAGACACCGAGGGCGGGGUAGUACCACAUACGGGCCCCGUGGUCACAUCAUAUAUCGCAAUGUUUGGAAGGGUUUACAGAAUAGAGGGCUGGUCAGGACUUUACAAGGGGCUGAUGCCAACUGCGCUCAGCACCCUAGCUGUGACUGUUUUCAUUCUCCUAGCCGUUGACACGGAUAAACCACGACAUGGCAAAUAUCGUGCACCCGAAACCGGCGUCUUGGGAACUCUCUUGUACAGUAUCACGAUGCUCUUGGUUUCUUUACCCACCGCCAUCUUAACCUACCGUUCCAUUACGACACCUCACAAACUGUCUUACUUGGGGUUGAUGCCUUCUUUGCGCAUUCUUCUUACACCUACCGAACGUCGCCGCCCAUGGAUACUCUAUCUGACACCGGGUCUCAUGGCCGCUGAGCUGCUGCACAUUUCCCUCGUUGUGUUAGGACUUGGUCCGCUCCGCCGUCUAAUGCUUCCAAACCUCUCCAAACCAGAUCUGACGUGGGCAGAUAUAUCCAUUCCGAAGAUGGUUAUCUACCUUGUGAUCGUCGCUCUCAGCACUGCGGCACUCAGCCCGCUGGAGGUAAUUGCAACGAGGCUUGCCAUUCAGAGAAACCACGCGUCUUCCGAAUACAACUCCGUUUCUCAGGAAGUAGAAGGCGAUAACGAUGAAUCUGCUGAAUUUUCUGGUGCAGACGAGGAUGUCAUUGGGCUACGACACGAGGCAGAUCCUUAUCUUGGUUUAGUGGAUUGCGCGAAACGAAUCAUCGAUGAAGAGGGUGUGAUGACGCUCUACCGGGCUUGGUGGCUUACUUUGUUUGGAGGAUUAGCCAGCGCGUUCGCAUAAAACACAUCUUUAUCACCAGAUCUUAUCUAGGCUGCCGCAGGCAGAUGUAUGUAUAAGCACUGUAAUACUUGUUAUCAUCUGGAAUAGGCUCACGGACCAGCAAAUGCUACACAUUCUCAUCAGGGUCCAG